AUGGACAAAUCUAAAAGCGUUGAUAGUGGACAUAUGGGUGAGAAGCAUGGCGAGAAGCAAAUCAACUUGAACCCCAUCAUUUCUAUUGGAGAAGGUCAAGUGGAGGCAGAUGUGGAGAAGUAUGGUACUCUCCAUCGGACAUUGACUCCACGUAUGAUUCAUGUCAUCUCCCUUGGCUCAAAUGUGGGUAGUGGUCUAUUCAUUGCUACAGGAAAGGCAUUGGCUGAGGGUGGCCCUGGAAAUAUGUUCUUGGGUUACCUCGUGGUAUGUAUUGGUGUCUGGGCCAAUCUUCAGAACCUAACGGAGAUGACCAUUGCCUUUCCAACGUCGGGAAACUACAUCGACUAUGCAGAUCGAUGGGUUGAUCCUGCAUUGGCGUUUGGAGCUGGUGUGGCUGAAUGGCUAGGUUGGACAUCUGUUUUCGCUUCAGAGGCGACGUUUUUUGUCAUUUUGGUCAACUACUGGGCUGGAGGUGCUGUUCCAGAUGCUGCGUUGCUCAGUAUUUUCUUGGUCAUAUGCCUCAUUGUAUUCUUCAUGCCUAAUAAAUUUUUCGGAUGGCUCGAAUACUUUGGCUCGCUUGUCAAGGUGUUUCUAUUCAUCUUCAUUACUCUUAUUUCCCUCGCAAUUAUUGGAGGAGCUGGGUCAAAGGGCUACGUGCGUGACGGAAGCACCUGGACCGAUUUACCAUUCAAAAAUGGCUUUGGGGGAUUUGCUAAUGCUGCACUUCUCGCAAUUUGGGCCAUCGGUGACCAGGUUUUUAUCGGUGUCAUGGGUGGUGAGGCCGAGUCACCUCGCUACUCCAUGGCACACUCAGCAAACUUGAUCCCCUGGCGAGUGGCGGUAUUCUACCUAGUCUCGACCGUUCUCGUUUCGAUCAUUGUUCCUUCAGAUGAUCCGCGUCUCUUAGGUGGCUCAGGUGUUGCCGCCUCUCCGUUCGUGAUCGCCGUGCAAGAUGCGGGCAUUAAAGGCGUCCCUGACUUGAUCAAUAUUUGCAUGAUCAUUGGAGUCUUGGCCAUUGCUCUGGAAUGUAUAUUCCUGCCAUCGAGAAUCUUACGAACAAUGGCCCUACAAAAACUUCUACCGGAUUUCAUUGCUAAAGUUGACGAACGAGGUCGGCCAAGAUGGGCACUUACCAUCACGGCACUCGCAGCUGUGCUUUUAACAUACAUGAGUUUGAGCGCCGGGGGACUUGAAGUUUUGAACUGGCUUAUCGCCAUCACCAGUGCAUCCUUCUUCACCAACUGGGCAAUUAUCGGCUUCACAUCUUUCCGAUUUCGAGCUGCAGUCAAAGCACAGAGAAGUCCUAUUUUCGAUCACCAGUACGGCUGGAAUUCGAACUUCUGGCCUGUUGCUCCGGCUGGUGGAUUUACAGUUUAUAACUUCUUUUCUUAUACUAUCGGCUUGUUUCUGAUUAUAUUCUCAACCAUCGCAUACAAGGUCAUCUUUCGAACGCCUUGGCGUGAUCCAGCAACAGCCGAUUUGGUUACUGGUCAUCGAGUAUUGACAACUGAGGAGAUUCGACAGCUAGAUGCUUAUUAUGAGCGUCCGUUCUGGCGACGAAUUGGGACGUAUAUUAGGCUGUGGUAA